AUGGACUUAGGUUUUCAGAGGGCAAGCACCUCGACCGUACCAGAAUUAAAUGGGAGCACAGAGCUGGCAGGACCUCAGGGGGGGACAUCCCGUGUGUUUACUCUCGUUGGCUCGCUCCAGCGCUGCUGCAGGGACGGAUUGGCUCCCCACCAACCCCCACCCCGCUCCCCUGACGCUCACAGACUCCGCCCCGGCACGGCCAUCUGCUCCUCGUGGGUUCUGGGGUCUCCUCCUGACCCACUCCCUCCGCCCAUCCCCUCGCGCCCCUCCCCGCCCCGACUCCGCCGGGCUCCACCCCUUCCCCCUCCCGGCGCCUGGGGCUCCGAAUCUUCCCAGCGGUUGCCCCGGAGACGAGUCGAUACCAGGCAAAUAGGCAUUGGAGAAAGAAAAGGGGGGAAAGCUGCACGACAGCCUGUUAACAAAGGAGCCAUAAAAGCAGCCCCCAAAUGUCUGGGAGAAAAAAUCCGAAAGCGAACUAGCAAUCACCCCAAUUUAAAACCGGAGGGAGACGCAGAGGAAGGGGCAAGGUUCCCGUGGGGGUGGGUGCACAGAUUGCCCUUUGAGCUUUUGGGAAUCUCCUGGAUGGUGGUGUUGGAUCAGCCCAGUUGGCUUUUCAAGCUGGAACUGCUAAUGAGGGAUUCGCGUCCAUCCUGGCGGCUGGUUUCUCGGGCCAGGCCAGCAGGCUUCCUUACGGGUGCUAACACGUUGGUUGGCAAGACGCAUUUCGAAGAAAUGUUCCUUCCAGCUGCUCCAUGGAAUAUGACUUCGGGAUUGAAUAAUGUAUCUAAAGGUACUGGACAGUCAGGAGAUGAAACUUCACGCAACGAUGUUCUGCUCAGUGACUGUCAAAGAGCACUUGAACAAAGGGUUAUUGGCUUGAACCAACUGUCCUUUUCACUCAAAGUGUGACCUAUUUCCCUACAAUGAACAGAAAAUAAAACUGUUUGACAAUUCCGAGCCAACACCAAGAGAAACGAACCAUUCCCUCGACUGCUUCUCGCCUCCUCCAUCGUUCACGUUGCACAGUUAUUAAAUGCAAAUCCGAAAGCUGGUCUGGAUGUUUUCGUGAGCGAAAAUAUGAGUGGUAGAGGAAUGUUUAUUAAGUUGCGUCCUCUAUCCCUUCUCCCUUCCAGAUACAUUAAAUCAACGCCUGGUCUUUCACACUCUAAAAGCGUCUGGUACUUCGGUGGCAAGGGCUGUGGUAAACGGGAGAUGUAUCCUACACGCCGCUGUAGAGCUUGCCUUUAGCCUGGCUUAGACAUGGAAUCUCCAGGGAUUUUCUUGCUGUCUCUCAACAUUGCAGGCGAUUUUUUCUGAGACUAGGACUCGGUCUUUUACAAUUUCCUCGCUGGUGCCUCUCUUCCAGGAACACACUUGAUGCACAGACAAGUUCAAAAUGAGACCCCUCCGAUGUUGGCAGCAGGCUAGGAAAACAACCCAUGUCGACGAGAGUAGCUGUCUCCCAACUGUAAAUAUGGAUUCGUACACUCAAGGCUCGCUCUCGUUUUACUACACAGGAAAAUUAAUUAUGUCGUUUCGAACAGUGAUAAAACGCUAGCAAGUUUCGAUCUUCUGCAAAUGGUCCUCACAGUGUUUUGUGGAGAAGUGAUCGCUAAUUGGAAUAGUCGGAGAGACGCGAUUUGAGGCGCUCCAAGGACCAAUUUCAAAAUAUUUUAUUUCACGCCUCUGGGAGAAAGGAAGAAGCAAGGCUUAGGCUGCUUGCUGCUUUUGCUUUUGCAUUUCCCACAUCUGGCCUACAGACCUAAUUUCAACUGGAGAUCUCGCUAGAUGAAAUUCGAUCUUCGUGGUUUAAAUACCUUUCAGUGUGGGACGAUUUAACAAUUGCAGCAGUUUUUAAAAAAGAAACAACCCCCCCCCAAAAAAAAAUCCUUGCGCACUAUCUGUGAAACCCUUAUGGAGCGCGGAGGGAAAAAUGCUGCUAGCACACAAAUCCUACCCAUUGUCUUUAACACUCGCAGACACACUUAUACACGUAAACACACGGGAAGGAUGGGGGAGGGGAGAGAGUGGCUAGAAACAGACGCGGAUAUAGACCGGCUAGAGUCACUGCGAGUCAAGUUAAAGCUUUCUCCGCCCCCAUCCAUAAGUACCCCUCCCGUGUUAAUUAAUUCCAAACAAAGCAAGCCAAUCAAGAGAUGCAUUAUUAUUUUCAGGCCGAGGGAGACGAGAAGGACGUAUUUUUUAAUUGAUUUAUUUAUUUGGAAGACAUUAAUUCUCGAUCUGAGGCUGAUUUUCAAACCGUUUGCAAAGCGCGGCUCCAUUGUUCGCCCGGAGCGCAGGCCCCGCCCCCUGCUUUGUGUGCGGCGCGCGGAUUGGUCAGCGCGCGCGGGGGCCGCGUCAGCGCCCGCGAGCCCAUUCAUCUGUGCACUUGGGCGUUGGACCCCGCAUCUUAUUAGCAACCAGGGAGAUUUCUCCAUUUUCCUCUUGUCUACAGUGCGGCUACAAAUCUGAGAUUUUUUUUAUUACUUCUUUUUUUAUAAAACUACACUUGGGCUCCUUUUUUGUGCUCGACUUUUCCACAUUUUUCCCUCCUUCCUGCGCUGCUGCUUUUUGAUCUCUUCGACUAAAAAUUUUUUAUCCGGAGUGUAUUUAAUCGGGUCUCUUCUGUCCUCCU